CGCUAUGGGUGUCCGCAAAUGUCGCUGUCCGCAAAUGUCGCUCUUAUGUAUUUUGAAUAAAAUUAAUUUAAAAAAGGAAUAUAAAAUCGAACAAAUCAACAGCAAAAUAUAUUUAUGUUUAAUAGAGCGAAAAUAAAAAAUUGUGUGAAUCAUUUUUAAUUUUAUUUUUUAUAUGUUGCUAAGCAAUUGAUUUAUAUUUAUAAAAGAAUAUUUAAAUAUAAUUUUAUUUUUACAGCAAAAAUAAUGAUUUUAUUAGAGCAAAAUAAUCGAAUAAUUUGUGAAUUAUUGGAACAAAAAUUUUCUGCUGCAAAAACAAAUGGCAAGUUUGAUUCCGUCAACGUUGUUUUUGCCGAUUUUGAUGGUGUAAUGUACAAAGUAUCUAAUCCGGAUGGAGAUAGAUUAAAAUUAAUGUUGAGCAUUUCUUUGAAGUUUUAUAAGGAGUUACAAGAACAUGGAGCUGAUGAGUUAAUCAAAAGAGAAUAUGAACAUUUUUUGUCAGCAACACCGGAAUCUGGAUAUAAUAUUUCUCUAAUAUUUAAUUUGGCUGAUAUUUCUGAUGAUUUUAUGGAAAUUGUUAAAAAGGCUUCUUUUUUGAAGAGAAAUUGUUUUGCUUCUGUUUUUGAAAAAUAUUUUAAAUUUCAAGAGGAAGGGCAAGAAGGAGAGAGGAGAGCUGUUGUUCAUUUUAGAGAAGACGAAACUUUGUUUGUUGAAGCAAAAUCUGAUCGUGUUACUGUUAUUUUUAGUACAAUAUUUAAAGAUCCAGAUGAUGUUAUUAUUGGGAAAAUAUUUUUACAGGAAUUUCGUGAAGGAAGAAAAGCUAGCCAAACAGCACCUCAAAUAAUUUAUUCUGUUGGAGAACCUCCACUUGAACUAAAAAAUUGUUCAGAGGCUAAAAUUGGUCCAAAUGUUGGAUAUAUUACUUUUGUCCUCUUUCCACGACAUACAAACAAAAAGGCUAGAGAUGAUACAAUUAAUCUAAUUUAUACUUUUCGGGAUUAUCUUCAUUAUCAUAUUAAAUGUUCAAAGGCCUAUCUACAUUCACGAAUGAGAGCCAAAACAAACGAUUUUCUCAAAGUCUUAAACCGUGCAAGACCCGAAACUAAAGGAGAAAAGAAAACAAUAACUGGAAGAACUUUCAUACAACACUAA